UCAUCAUUUUAUUAUUUUGUGGUUUUAUUCUUUGUGGUUUGGCUGGAAAUUAAAAAAACAACAACCAAUUUAUAGUCUGCUGCAGAAUAAAGCUCCUGAUAUCAAACUGUACUAAGGUAAAGAAAAUCCGGUUUUGCAUAAGCAUUUCUUCCCUUGCCAUUUUAAGAAGCACUUUGCAGCCUUGCGAUCUCUUAUCUUGGCAUGAUGCGUCUCAUGUGACUAAUGGCCAGGCCAAUGCGCAGCUGUUUCAACAAGAGCAGCUUUAUUUAACCCCGCUUUCAGUUUCAAUGGUUAUCUACGGAAAGUCUGCUAGCAGCAGCUGGGAAAGAGCGAUGCCGAGAACAUUUGACACAGCUCACCACCGGUUUCUGGAGCUGCAGAAUUAGACCUUCAUUGAUCGAGGCAGAAAAAUGGCAGGUAUCACUUCAGGAGUAGAAGCUUGCCCCUUCUGCAAAAAGCCAUUUAAACGGCUCAAGUCUCACCUGCCUCACUGUAAGAUGGCGGGAGAUGCAGACUCAAGGAAUGUUUUGCCUCCCAGCAAGAAAGCUGGGAAAAAGAAAGAGCAGAUCAAAAGCACAGAAACUACCUCCAAAAAAGAAAAUAAGAAAAACAAAGCAAAAGCAGCAACACAUUCCUUGCAACCACAGGAAAUACCUGGAUCAGCAAGAUGCAGCCAUCAGCAUUCGGUUGAGGAUGCACAAAAGCAAAUCAAGUCUGCUACUGAAAAAGCACACAAAACUGAAGGCACAAAUCAAGGAGCCUCAGAAGAUGUUGGAACACAAUCAGCUGAAAAGGUGUUUUCAGCAACAAAGCUUGCAAAAAAGUCACCCACAGGACAGAAAAGCAGAAGGAAACCUACCCCUAAUGAAGAGGAAUCUGCAUCCAAUCUCACUUUAAAGCCACUGAAUCAGAAUGGAAAAUCAACUUCAGAAUCUCCUAGUGGACCUAGCCAGACAACUAAUCAUUCUACAAAACAGAGGCAAAGGAAAGAAGCAUCUGCAAAGCCAGAUUCUGUCACUGAUAAUGUUCAACCUAUUCCUCAGAGAUUUAUUGAUACUGUAGAACUAGUGAUAGAAAACCAUCGUGUGAGGAUAUUGAGGAACAAGUGUGAAUCAUCUGUUCAGAAUAUCCUUUUAAAUAAAGCUGUCGUGGGCAACCAGAAGGCAGGAUGCUGGCCUGCAAAAUCGCCAUCUGGAGAUGCAGAGAUUGCCUUGGCUGAUGGGCAGCAAAUUGUUACAGAACCUGUGGGUGGAAAGAGCACUUCUGGUCUUGAACUUUCAGGGAACAUUUGGAGUGGAGAGACAAAAAAGAAUGUGACUACAAUUAAAGCACAUACUUCCGAUGACCGUUGUAUGGACAACUGCAGACAAGUCUCCAACACUCCUCUUCAGCUGGCUGCAGGAAUAAAAAGCACAAUUGAAGAAAAUCCUGUAUGUUUCAAAGGGGAGGGGUAUCAGAAAGAAUCUCCAGUUUACAUCAGUUUCAAAUCAAAGUUCUACCCCUCAUUUACAGAAGCCCUCAGAGAAAGACAUAAUGAAACUUCUAACUACCACUUAAUUAGUCUGGGAAAAGAUAUUGCUUUGCGUUCUGUUGUGACUAUAGGAGAUAAAGGCACAGGGAUCUAUGUGAGCCAACCAUCACGCCAAACGUUAGAAAUGCCUACUGCCCAUUGGCUCACACCUCCUGAUAGAAGCAUACGCCUAAGUCCUUUGGGACUGGAGUGGUUUCCAGAACUGUAUCCUAAUUAUCGUGGGCUAGGUUUAUUUUCAAAGAGGCCAUCUCAGUGGGCUACAAUAAUCCCGGAAGCUAAAGUACUCCGUCUCCCUUGGGAAGGCCAGCAAGCCUGGAAUGGAUACUACAACAGAUACAUCAACGUGAAAAAGAACAGAGUGGCUGGAAUCUCCAUCCUGCUUCUGGGCUGCGUCCUCAGCUAUGCCUGGAGCUAUCCACACAUUAAACACAGUCGCUGACAGAAAUGCCGCUGGCGAGGAUGCGAGAGGAUGUGGCGGAAGGAGUGGGCACGGAGAGUAUGGACCUUGUUCCACAGGUUUGUUCUGGGAGGAAAAAGACAAGCUGAAAAAUUCUGCAGAAGACGCUAGAAAUACUUUUGUCUUUGUUACUUAGGAGCAACAUCUACAUAAGGA